CAUAAACAAAAACGCCACAAGUACUAUCAUUUGUUGUUAAAAAAAAAUUAGAAUCCUAGCCAGAAACCAUGUCGGAACACAGCAUGAGAGAAACCAUUAGCCGCCGCUCAUUGCGCUCCAUGAAGUCGCGGGUGAGCAAGUCGGCCUUCUUCGAGUACACCCCCCCACAGGAAGUGGACAUUGUGGCCAUCAUCUACAAGUUCUACUUGGAGGACUUUCGCAACUUCUCCGAGGAGGAAAAGGAGAGUCGCCUGGCCGGCCUUGAUGCCCUGGACAUGCUGCGCACCGUCGAGCAGGUGCACAACGAUGUGGCCACCCUGCGGCUGGAGAAUCACAUUAUGGUCGAGUUUCUGGAGAAGAAUGAUCCCAAGUUGCUGUUGGGAUUGAGGCAGCGACGCACUUCCAUCCUGCGGAGGCUCCAAACGAAGCGGAAUUCGGGCAGCCACGUGGCCAGCAGUCGGCACUCGAGCUCCAAGCGUUCGAUUCCCAUGUCUGUGAACCAGCUGGUGGGCCUGGGAUCUGCCGGAGUCCUCACGGAGAAGCGUCGCGGCAUGGACUACAAGCUGAACUUUAAGGCCAAGGCGGAGAUGGCCGAGAAAAGAGCGGCCGAGGUGGAGAAGCGGGUUUCGGACAUCGAAAGGAAUGCCAUGACGGAGGUGAAGCAGCUUCGGGCCAAAAUUGAAGAGCUGCGAUAUCGCAGUGAGGAAACCAUUGAAACGGAAAACAACUUCAUGCUGCACUUCAUGCGGGACGAGAACGACAUUGCCUUCCUGGAGUCGGCCACUGAGCGGCAGAUCGAGCGGAAGCUACGGAAGUUCACCACCAACUGGUUCAAGAACGCUCGAGCUCUGCUGGGCACCAUGAAGCUGACCAUCGUCUCGCUGCAGGAAACCUGCCAGCAGCAUCGCGCCGACCUGAUCACAAAGUCUGAUCUCAGCGGCAUCCUAACAGCUGUGGACUUUGAAAAGCUGAUCAUCAAGCGCACGGAGCUGGUCAACCAGCUGGAGGAGAAGAACAUCCACAUGGCGGGCCUGAAGGGAGUCACCGGCAAGACAUCGCUGGCCAUGACAGAGGAGAAGCAGGCCAUGAUGAACCUGGAGGCCGAGAUGCGCAAUGUCUUGAACCGAACCGAGGAGGUGACCCGAGCCAUUGUCAAGCUGGAGAAGGAGGUGGCCCAGGUACAGGCGCACAACGCCAAGGACUAUGUGACUCUGGACGAACUAAAGGCCCAGCUGCAGGAGUACGAGGCACCCAGCGUCAGCGAGUACAUCGAGCGCAAGGAGGAGGCGCACAACCUCGAGAAGGAGGAGAAGAUGCUCCAGCGCAAGAUCUACAUCCUGAACAUGAAGCUCAACAAUGCCAUACGCAGGCGCAACCGCAUGCAGGAAUACUAAAGGAACCUAAACUUUAAAAAAAUAUUAAAUCAUAUAUUUUGUGUUUGAAGCCGAAUAAAGUUAUGAAGAACUCACCCAAAGGA